UUGCACGGAAAAUCUUGUGAUUUGGGUUAGCUUCCGCCGGUCAGUCGGGAACGAAGUCCGGCUGUAAUUAUCUUUUGAAUGUUUAUCAUAAUCUAGGAAACGAAAAUGUUGCAUCUCUCCAAAAGAGUCUUGGCUAAGACUCAACUAUCAGCUUUGCAAAAUGUCCGGCAUCAGUCUCAGCACGGAGCGGCCCGCAAAUCUGGUGGAGGAGGGGUUGCUGCUGCUGUAAUUGGUGGAACUGUGAUAGGAGGAUUUGGUGGCAUGCUUGGUUAUGCUUCAUGGAGUGAUGAGAAUAGGAAAACCAUUGAUGACAACAUCCCAGGAAUGCAGUAUAUCACUGAUGCUGUACUGGGAUCUAAGGCCCCUGCUGCUGCUGGGAAGCCUCAGCCCAAGAUGUUGGUUAUUCCUCCUCCUACAAUAGUCCAGCCUGUGCCUCCCCAGGUUAAGCCUGCUCCUCCCCAAGACAAGCCUGAAGACCAGACUCAGAGCCCCAUAAUGAAGAAGAAAAUCGAAAGAGAAAAGAAAAAGGAACAAGAGGCCACUGAAAAUGUCAAAGAAAAAUCAGAAGCUUCUAUCACCUCACCAUUACCCUCAACUCCUGAGCCGGCCUCCUCUAGCAUCAAGUCAGACCUUGCGUCAGCGUUGGCUGCAUCUAUGAAGGAAGCUAAUUCCGGGGUUACGGCCGCCCUGGAUGCUGCUGAAAAAGCUGCUGCUGUUGUACAGCAACAGGCCAUGGCCAUUAUCCUGUCAGUAGACAGCGGUGCAAUUGAAGACAGCGUGAAAGCAAGCGUCAGUGCUGCGGUCAUUGCAGCAGAGGAAGCAUUCAGACAGGCACAAGUGAAGGUGACGGAGCUGGCGACCAACAUAGCAAGCAGCAAGAGCUCGGGCAAGUCAGACGCCAGUGUUAUUGAUGUGGCCGAGCAAAGCAUCUCAGAACUCGCCCCAGCAGUUGUCAAAGUGAAGGAGGUCGUCAAUAACGCUGUGAAUACCAUGCUUAAUGUCGAACUGAUGUGCAACGCUCUGAAGGAGGCUCGUAUCAAGUUGGCAGCAGAAGUGCGAGAUGUUUUGCCAACGCUGACUGACAUUGAUGCUGAGAAGCAAAUCCAGCUGCUACUCGGCCACGCCUAUAACAGGAUUCUCAACCUACAGAAACAAAUUGCCGACAAGCAGAAGGUUCUGGAUGAAAUUCGUUCACGUGGAUCGCUCAGUGACGGUCCCGGGAACAUCUCAGAGGCCGUACUGCAGUCUGAACUUGAUAAGCUGCGUCAUCAGCUGCAGCUCCAGCAUCGGUCGGACUUGGGACGUCAACAAGAGGAGUUGGAGGCCGAGGUGCGAGGUCAGCUGAAGCGUCAGGCAGCCGCGCAUUCCGAGCAUCUCUCUGACAUGCUCGAGAAGCAGGAACACGAAAUCACGGCCGCCUGGCAGCUUAAACUAUACGAUGAGAUCAACAAAGAGAAAGAUAGACACUUCAGGGAUGUUGCUAGCAUCAGGGCCAAGCUUCUUGGAAUGCAGGCGGCUGUGACAGCUCGAGCGGACGCUGAUCGUGCUGCUCAUGCUGCCCGCUCGCUCUGGCUCGCUUGCCAAGCUCUCCGCAACACCAUCAGGCUUGGGAAGGAAGGCGCCAGCAGCUUUGACGAUCAACUCCAGCCUCUGCAGAGCCACCUCACUGCCAUCUCGGUGUCUGCUGGCAGCGACGAGUUCGUGCAGACCGUCAUUGGGAGCAUCAGCAAGGAAGCCGUGGAGCGCGGCGUGUGCACGGAGGAAGCGCUGCGCCACCGCUUUGAUAGAGUCUACGCGGUUGCCAGACGCGUCGCUCUUGUGCCAGAAAAUGGAGGAUCUCUCCUCAGGUACCUGUUGUCGUACCUGCAGAGCGUCCUGCUGAUCCAGGCGUCCGCCUCGGCCGCCAGCGACACCGAACUCCUCGAUCAGCCCAUCAACGUUCACGACCUCAACACCUUCGAUAUUCUCGACAAGGCCAAAGUUUGCUUGGCGUCGGACGAUAUGCUGGGAUGUGUGCGCUGGCUGAACCAGCUGACUGGAGAGUCGCGGCGCGUCGCUCAGGACUGGAAGGAAGAAGCGCGUCGGACGCUUGAGACUCGCCAGGCUGCCGACGCUCUCAUGGCUCACGCUGCUGCUACCACCGCAACCGCUCUUUGAACCGUCACAGAAUCACUAAUAUUCUUUCAAAUUCUCUGGUUUUGGAUGACAUUUAUGAUGAAUUAUUUAUUCUUUUAACUUGAUAAAGCUAUUGAAACUUUCUGUGAGAAGAAUAAUUAACUUUGUGUUCGAAAUUAAGAAUGUUGUUGAACUCUCGACCGAUUUAGUUCUGAAUUAAAAAUAUGUGUUCCAGCUAUUGAAUUACAAAUAAUGCUUGAGUCUUCAGUCAUGUGAUAGCUUGUAGAGUGAUACAAAUCCAUCCAGAAGAAAAGACUAAAUUUAACAUAACCUAACGAUUUAGAAACCAACGAUCUCUGCUCUCAUCCGCGAGGUGUUGGCUGUAUUCUUCCGAGAACGGCUUUAUUUUAAAUCUGGUUUAGCCGUCACUCCGUGUCAACUAGAGUGAUGUUUGUUACAAAUAGUUCGGAGUUUGAUUGUACCUUGUCUUGAAAAUUCUUUUAUGGGUAUUGGUUAUCUCUUCUAGGCUUGUUGGGUACUAACUUUCUAUAACAUUGAAAUGAUUCUACCAUAACAGUGUUCUACUAUUGUUGUUGAAUCUAUUUGUAAAGUCACUGCAGUGCAAUGCCCUGUAGUUUGAAUUUGUAACUUCAGACGCUUGCAAUUAGGGCGCCUAUACCAGAGGGGAAAUUUAAAUCUUCGUUUCGUAAGAUUGGCACAUAAAAAAAUAUUUUCCAUCAAAACUCCAGAAUAAAUGAAAAAUUCAGCAGUUGUCAAACUAGUAAUUAGUUUCGCUGAUUUGCGCUCAUGAAUGCACAGAGUAAAAGUGGGAACUCAUUUAUGCAUCACUGCCACGCAAUAACUAGCCUCAUUCAUUGCUCUGUGUUAGGUCAUGGAUGUAAUUGUGUUGUGAAGAUGUUUUCCUAUGUUUUAGUUAUUUUAGCUCGGAGACGCGGUUGUAAGCCUGUACAUAAGGUCACAUAAAGAUGGGGUGCUUGAGUCGUGUGCCGCCUCUUAUUAUACACAAUAAAAUCAAAUCUAUGUGAAAAGCUA